GAUAUCUCAUGGAGAUUGUGUGAAUACUAGCAGGACUAGAAUCUCCCUCACAAGUAUUAGCCGGGAUCAAGGUAGGCUGCCUCACACCGAGGGCCGAGGCUCUUUCCAAAAGAGGCUUACGAGGCGUACGAUGGAGACUGGAGCGUCGGGUAGUGGUGGCGUUGAAGUGGCGGCGAGGUCAGGCUUUGUGGUGGCCGACUAUGCCGUCUUCGCGGCCAUGCUGGCCGUCUCCCUCAGCGUGGGACUCUACCAGGCCCUGAAGAAGACCGACCGCCAUGCCAAAGACGCGGACGACUUCUUCACCGGCGGCAGGAACAUGCCGGCGGUGCCUGUGGGCCUCUCGCUGUGUGCCAGCUUCAUGUCGGCGGUGCAGGUGCUGGGCGUGCCCUCCGAGGCCUACCAGUACGGCCUCAAGUUCCUCUACAUGUGCAUGGGCCAGAGCCUCAACUCCCUCGUCACCGCCCUCCUGUUUGUGCCCGUCUUCUACCGCCUCAAGAUCACCAGCACCAACCAGUAUCUGCGGCUGAGGUUCGGCAGGGGAAUGCAGCUGCUGGGGAGUCUACAGUUUCUUGUUGCAACCUUGCUCUACACUGGAAUUGUGAUCUACGCACCAGCCCUUAUUUUGAACCAAGCGACUGGUCUCAACAUGUGGGCUUCCCUCUUCUCCACUGGCCUCAUCUGCACCUUCUACACUACAAUAGGUGGGAUGAAAGCGGUUAUCUGGACCGACGUGUUCCAGAUUCUGGUGAUGUUGUCUGGGUUCAUCGCCAUCUGCAUCCAGGGCACUGUGGAGGUGGGAGGACCCGCGCGAGUCUUUGAAAUCGCCUACAAUGGAUCUCGACUCAACUUCAAUGACUUUGACGUGGAUCCUCGCAGGCGCUACACCUUCUGGAGUUUCAUGGUGGGGGGGACACUCGUGUGGCUGUCCAUGUAUGGAGUCAACCAGGCACAAGUGCAACGCUACAUCUCCUGCAGAAGUGAACGCCAAGCACAGUGUGCCCUGUUGGUGAAUCAGCUGGGCCUGUGGAUGGUGGUGGGCAGUGCGGCGCUGUGUGGCAUCGUCAUGUUCGCCCUCUACUCACACUGCGACCCUCUGAAGGCAGGACACAUCUCGGCACCUGAUCAGUACAUGCCUUAUUUGGUGCUGGAUAUAUUCAGGAAUCUGCCUGGCUUCCCCGGUCUCUUCCUUGCAUGUGCUUACAGCGGGACACUCAGCACUGUGUCGACCAGCAUUAACGCCAUGGCAGCGGUCACCAUGGAGGACCUGCUAAAGGGACACUUGGCCAACACUUCACAGAAACGUCUUAUUUUGAUCUCCAAGGCGCUGUCGCUUGUCUAUGGCCUUGCCUGCAUUACUGUAGCAGCGCUCUCCUCCCUGCUCGACUGGGGAGUCCUUCAGGGGUCUUUCACUGUCAUGGGGGUGGUGAGUGGUCCUCUUCUGGGGGCGUUCAUACUGGGCAUGUUCAUUCCAGCAGCCAACAACCAUGGAGUAUAUGCCGGGAUGGCUGUAGGCUUCUGCCUGUCUGUGUGGCUGGCGAUUGGCUCCACCCUGUAUCCCCCAACCCGGGAGAUGAUGGGGGUCCUGCCCGCAUCUGCAGACCUCUGUCUGUCCCCUAACAUGACAGACAUCACCAGUGACCAGACCAAAGGCGUCCACGACAUCACGCCUCUGCUACACCCAGAACCUUACGGUGCUGGAGGCGUAAAGGACUUCUACGCCAUGUCCUACCUGUACUUUGGGGCCUUGGCAACAACUGUUGUCGUGCUGGUCGGAGUAGUGGUCAGCUGCAUAACAGGGCCAACGAAACGUAAUUCUAUCAGUCCGGGGUUGCUGUUUUGGGAUCUUGGGAACAAAAAUGCUGAGGCCAAACUGAUGCUACAGACUCCUCAGAUUGUUCCCCUCAACCCUGCUGCUGUUGGUGUGAAUGGAGAUGAAGGAGAAGAAGCAUUCACUAAAUUGUCUUCUGAAUAACA